AUGUCAUCCAAAAGAUUGAAGAGAAAUCCAACUAUAGUAUGUUAUAGAGAUGUACAAGAGCUAAUAAUCAUAAAAGACUGGUUCUAUAAUUUUGAUGAUUCCAAAGAUAAUAGAUAUAGAGCAAUACAGAAGGUGAAGGCAUUAUCGUCAAGAGGGAAACUUCCGCAUGCAAUAGAGUCGACAUCAUUGUUGACUUCUAUAAUAUUAACUGAUCCAAGUGAGGGAGGUUCUAAUAAUGACUCAAACGUUUUACAAUUAUCUUAUACAAUGGCAUUAAUCAGAUUUGUGAAUGGAUUACUAGAUCCAUUUCAACAAUCAAAUUUUGCGAUACCACUACAUCAGCUAGCCAAAAAUCUAAAUCUUCCUAGUUUUUUUGUUGAAUUAAGACAUAUGGGAACACAUGAAUUAUUGCCCAAUCUAAACAUUUUGAGAAUAGCUAGUAGACAAGCGUUAAAUUGGUUGUAUGAUAAUUACUGGAAUAAUGUAGAAGAAACAGACGACUUGGAAGAUAAUGAAGAUAAUGAAACCGACAAGGCAGAAAUAAAUAGAGUCACUCCCAUUAUGGAGGCUUGCAUUACAAAUUUGAAAGUUUUCAAGAAAAUUCGAAAACAGGAUUUGAAUCUAAUAAUAAAAUUUGGAAAUUCAUCGGAAUCAGGCAUAAAAUAUUGGAAAGCAAUCGGUAAUUUAAAGCAACGCUUACAUGAAGAGCCGGAAGUGCUUAUAAAAAUUCUAGUAUUCAAGAAUUUUCUUAUAUAUAACUACGACAAGCUUCAAGCCAGGGAAUCUAAAAAGUUUAAGUUUAAUUCUUUGCUCAUCAAGCUAUAUAAACCACUUAUAGAAGAGCUCGGGGUUGAUUUCAAGUUGCAGCUAUUGUUCAAUAUAUUCAACUUUUUGGACGCAAAUAUAAGUGAUGACAUUCAAUCAUUGGACCUAAAACUAGGUUUUGAAUUCAAGCAUGACGAUGAAGUAAAACAAAUUAAAGAAUGGGCUUCAUUUCUUAUUCGGGACCUCUCACUGAUUCGCAAUGUGACUUCAGAAAACUAUAAAUUUACUACUUACGAAGAACUCGUUAAGCUAAUCAUUGAUAAAAUUCAAAAAGUCAACAUAAACUACCAGCUUGAAUUUUUGGAAAUACUACAAUCGUCACUUGAAAAAUUACAAGUAAAUUCGCAAAGUAAAAAGGAUUUGUACUCUAAAGUGACUGCCUUGUGCAAGCAAACGAAGAUUGCAUCCCUAGCUGCACCUCCUUCAUUGGAUGAUAUAUUAAAUGGCCCCGUACUGGCGGAAUCAUCUGAAAGACCGUCAAAAAAGCAAAAGACAACCCCAAAUUCUAAACCUAUAUUUUUAUUUGAAGAGCAUAAAAACUGGAACCCGCUACCCUUUGGUACUUCUUAA